UAAACGUCAAUUGUGAAAUUGUCAAUUGCCUUCCAAAUCUAACCUAAAACACCGUGCAAGAGAUAAAAUUUAUGAUUGAAAAAUAUCUAACGACGAAGGCAACAUAAUGAUGCAAUGUAGUGAUUUUAUUAAAACUGAAUUUCCGUUAAUUGAUGAUGAUUUAAAACAAUAUGUACAAGAUGUACUCGAAAACGGGGCAGAUGAUUUUCAAGAUAGCGAUGAAAUUUACGAGGCGGUCGGCGAAGUUUUACACGAAAUUGCUGCGGAAAAAACAGAAAAAGAAAUAAGGUGUAUAUGCGAUAAAUUAUUAAAUAUGUUACGACCAACUAAAAACACUCAAAAUACCAACGGUUUAGCCAAAGUUUUACAUGCUCCAGUUCAUUUAGGAUCCAUGGCUGCAAAUUUAGAGAGUACCGUGGAUGAUAUGAAAAGUAUAUGGGUUAUGCAAAGAGAUGAUAGUUUGAAAGUUGAUGCGAAAAAAUUAGAGAAAGCCCAAGCUAAAUUACAAGAAAAAGCAGAAAAACGCCAAAAAGAAACUCCUAGGGUGGGUAAUAAUGCUCCUAAAUUAGAAUCAGCUACAGCCUCACAAGUUACAAGUAAAAAAGAAUAUAAAUUAGAAGCUAAAGGGAACAAUAAAACUCAAGAUAUUAGAAUUGAGAAUUUUGAUAUUGCUUAUGGAGAUAGAGUUUUAUUAUUAGGUGCUGAUGUAACUUUAGCAUUUGGUAGAAGAUAUGGUUUAGUAGGUCGAAACGGAUUGGGAAAAACAACACUUUUGAGAAUGAUUUCAGGGGGACAAUUAAAAAUUCCUUCCCACAUUUCGGUUUUACAUGUGGAACAAGAAGUCACUGGAGAUGACACUCUUGCUAUAAACAGUGUUUUAGAAUGUGAUAUCGUUAGAGAAACGUUAAUAAAACGUGAAAAAGAGCUAAGCGCUGCCAUUAAUUCCGGUUCAAGCGAUCCGGAACUUUCCACUGAAUUAACUGAAGUUUACGCGCAAUUACAAAAUAUUGAAGCGGAUAAAGCACCUGCAAAAGCUUCCGUUAUUUUAAAUGGGUUAGGUUUUGAUAAACAGAUGCAAAUACGAGCAACAAGAACAUUUUCUGGUGGUUGGAGGAUGAGAUUAGCUUUAGCUAGAGCUUUAUUUUCCCGGCCGGAUUUAUUACUUUUGGAUGAACCUACAAACAUGUUGGAUAUUAAAGCGAUUAUUUGGUUGGAAAAUUAUUUGCAAAAUUGGCCAACUACUUUACUAGUUGUUUCUCACGAUAGAAAUUUCUUGGAUACCGUUCCAACAGAUAUUCUUUAUUUACAUUCACAAAGAAUCGAAGCUUAUAGAGGUAAUUACGACCAAUUUUUAAAAACAAAAACGGAAAAACACAAGAACCAACAACGUGAAUAUGAAGCACAACAACAACAUAGGGCUCAUGUUCAAGAAUUUAUAGAUCGUUUUCGAUACAACGCUAAUCGAGCGUCUUCCGUCCAAUCAAAAAUUAAGAUGUUGGAGAAAUUGCCUGAAUUAAAACCAAUCGAAAAAGAAACCGAAGUCAUUUUAAAAUUCCCCGACACCGAACCUUUAUCGCCUCCAAUUUUACAAUUAAACGAUGUCAGUUUUUGGUAUGAAUCGUCAAAACCUAUUUUUACGAACGUUAAUAUUGGGGCGAACUUCGAUUCGAGAAUUUGUAUAGUUGGUGAUAACGGUGCGGGAAAAACGACUCUUUUAAAAAUUAUAAUGGGAAUUUUAGCACCGACGGUUGGUAUGAGGCAUUCGCACAGGAAUUUAAAGUUUGGUUAUUUUAGUCAACAUCAUGUAGAUCAACUUGAUAUGAGUGUUAACUCUGUUCAAUUAUUACAACAAACGUAUCCAGGUAAACCAAUUGAAGAAUAUCGCCGCCAAUUGGGUGGUUUUGGUGUUUCUGGAGAUUUAGCUCUUCAAACAAUCGGAAGUUUAUCGGGAGGUCAAAAAUCGCGUGUUGCUUUUGCCGUUAUGUGUAUGGGUUAUCCAAACUUUUUAGUACUUGAUGAACCGACUAAUCACUUGGAUAUUGAAACUAUAGAAGCAUUAGGAAAGGCAAUAAAUAAAUACAACGGAGGUGUAAUUUUGGUAUCUCACGAUGAACGUUUAAUUCGGGUCGUAUGUAAAGAACUGUGGGUGUGUGGGAAUCAAUCAGUAAGAAGCGUUGAGGGUGGUUUUGAUGAGUAUAGAAGGAUUGUUGAGCAAGAAUUAGAAGCUGCCGCAAGUAAAUAGGUAAUAAUUAAUAAAAGGAAAUAAUUCGGUUGGUUAAGUAAGAUAAAACCCAAUAAUGUGCCUGCCAAUUAUUUUUUGCCCCCCCUUCUUAAUUAAUUUUUUGUAAAUCAACAAUUUGUUACGGAAAUAACAAGAAAUAGUAACUUUAUAAAAAAGGCUCCUGGAAAGAAAAAUAAUCUGAAACCACUGUUAAAAAUAAGGGGGGUAAUAAGGAAUGGGAAUUGCGCGGAAAAACCACAAAAAAGUUAACUACUUGCGUUUUUUAAACGUGUAUAUAUUAUAUAAAAAAAUGUAUGAGUGGGCAUGAAUUUUUGUGAUAACGAAAAUUUAACCGACUAUUAUAAUGAUCUUUAAAUUAUUAAAUGAAUUAAAUAUAAUUAAAAGAUAAUAUUUAAAAAAA